AUUGCACCCUUCCAGAUACAACACAUACUUACAGAUAACCCAGCGUGGAGAACUUCAAGGCAGUUCAUUCGGUGUUUGUUUUCCUGUGGACAACCGCGUCAUUAUAGCGACAGAUGGGAAUGUAACAGUUUCUAUUAGACUUUUAAUGAAUGAAAAGUGUUGAACAUGCAUCGUGUUGCUGUUACUUUCUUCUUCGAGAAAUCACGCCUUCAGAAACACUUGUUUGUUUUUAAAAAAAACGUACAUUAGGCUCCUUAAAUCACAUGGCGUCUGCGUGCCCCUGACGUGAGGGGUGGGCGUGGCGUGAUGCUACUUCAUACACCAGUAGUAGUGACCUGCGUCCAGAAGACCUGCUCCUGCUUUAGACACCAGUACAGACUGGCCGUGACUCGUGACCAGACCUGCCCCUGCUGCACACACCAGUAACAGACUGGUGCAGACGUACAGCAGCGGUACCGUGGGCCCGCUGUUUCCACUGAUCCCAGACCGAGAAGGAUGGCCCUCCAGACCCACCUGGCCUGGCUCUACUACCAGUACCUGCUGGUGACGGGGGUGUACGUGCUGGAGCCCUGGGAGCGUGCCCUCUUCACCUCCGUGCUGCUCUCGGCGGCGGCCAUGGUGGGCUACACCUCCUACGUCUUCCUGCCCGUCCACCUGCGCCUGGCGCUGCACUUCUUCUCCGGCGUGUUCGGCGGGCAGGCGGAGAGCGCCGUGACGCUCAUGAGCUGAGAGGAGGAGGAGGGGCGGAGUGGGGGGGGGGGGGAGGAUGGAGGGAGGAGAGUCCAAACCUCCCUCUCCAAACCUCCAGCAUCACAUCCCACUCCUACGGUCCUUCAGCCCAGGUCAGCUGGUAUCCUCCUGGUCACCCUGACGUACCCCCACCCCAUCCCCCACCCAGCCCGCCGCGGUUGGCUCUGCAGCCAAAAGCCCGUCUAUGCUACACGUCCAAAAAGUCUUAUUAAGCCAUCGAUCAAAACAAGUUUAAAACGAAAAUGUGUUUCAAUGUUUGCCCGUCAGCCUUAUCGGCAGCCUUCCUGAGCUCAGAGCUCGCCAUGUACAAAUACUGCAACGACCAAACCUUCCAAAGGCAUGUGACGCUGCCUGGGUUCAUUAUGACUCCCCAGCGCAAUAAAGCUCUUCAUGUCCGACCCACAGGGCAGGAGGGAGGGACUUAACGAAGGUCACAUGACCUUCGGCCUACCAUCCUACCCCACUAGGGGAACGCGGAGACGGAGUCAAAUCACUAGUGGUGGGGG